AUGGUAGAAUUGGUAGAUAAGAUCAAUACGGCGGUACAAAAUGAUUGUGUUUUGAAAACAAUUAUGGUUUAAACAACCACAUUUCAAUAGCAAGCAUUAAAAAGCAAGGAAAAUGUAACAUAAAAUAUUUAAAAACAUUGGGUGUAGUUCCCACACGUAAAAACAUAAAAUCCCUACGUUAUGGUAACCAACUUUCCGCGCCUAUUUGGAAAACCGUUGCAAGCAUUAUUUGGCGGCAUUUCGACUAGAGUGAUUCUCUCCGUUAAAAGCUCCAGUAAAAACUCAAGUGAAACCAAAGAAACCGCCAAGAUGCCUUCAGUAAAUGGUUCAUUAGUUCUCAAAUACACAAAAGUUAUUCCAGAAGCCUACCCUCCAACCAAAGGAUCAGUAAAAGCAGCUGGUUAUGAUCUUAAAAGUGCUUGUGACGUUACUGUGCCCGCCAGGGGCAAAGCCCUAGUAGAUACUGGAAUCAAGAUUCAGCUUCCUGAAGGCUGUUAUGGCAGAAUAGCGCCUAGGUCUGGUUUAGCCGUGAAAAAUUUCAUCGAUGUUGGAGCUGGAGUUGUCGAUGAAGAUUAUAGAGGAGUCCUUAAAGUUGUACUAUUCAAUCAUUCCGAUGCCGAUUUUGAAGUUAAGAGUGGCGAUCGCAUUGCUCAGUUGAUAUGUGAAAGGAUUUAUUAUCCAGAUAUUGAGGAGGUUCAGGAAUUGACUGAUACAGAUCGUGGAGAGGGUGGUUUUGGAUCGACUGGAACCAAUUAGUGAUAUAUAACUUACCUGUUUGUAUUGUUUAGUGCUUUAAAAUACCUGUUUAAUUUUAGUUUGUCUUGCUGCACUGUAAGGUUUUAAACUCCAAUCUAUACUAAUCUACAGAGAAUUUUGUUCUGAUUCUAGUAAUUCUAAUAUAUUUUUUUUCUCUGUUGAAAAACAAUACCUAGAAUAUAUAAGUAAUAUAUUUCAUAAAAAUUUAAUCGAAAAUAAGUACUGUCUAAAAUUUUGCUUUAUAAGGGUGUUUUUUUUUUCAUAACAUAUUUCUAAUUCACACCUACAUUGGAGUAGUUAAUGUCUUAAGAUUAUAUUUAGUACCGAUAAGACCUUAAUAAGUCUUAUUAACUGUGUUAUUCAACUUGCUGUGCUUAUCUUUUAAGUGUUACAUUUAAGUUUGUUUUGUGGGCCUAUUUCCUAAAAUAAAGUCUAAUUUCAAAGGAU